UUUAUUGCAACAGACCCGAGGGAGGAACACAACAAACACCGUCAGCAUAUUGAACCAUGGAAAGUAGCGUUAGGGUUUAAUGUCUCUUGAUUUGAUUUCCUCCUCUUCAAUCCUCUUCGUCUUCGUCUUCCUCUCUGAUCAUGUCUCCCCUCCUUCAAACCCCCGAAGAGAGCACAGCCCCUAGCCGUUCCGGGAGAAAGCUUGCACGAACUACGAUGGGGCUAGAGAGAGACAAAAAGAGACACGGAGAUGUUGAAGAUCGAAGAGGGGAUACGUUGGUGGAUGAAAUUGGAAUCGUCACUACAGCACCCGCACCCAAUGGGGUCGAUUUGGUUCAGGAAAGCGUUAGCCUCAUCGAAUAUGUUGCCCGCCUUGGAGAUUUCAGAAGCACCCAACGACAAGAAUGUUACAGCCUCGUCCGGCGGAUGAAGAGUUUGUUGCCCUUGUUCGAUGAGAUUCGCUUCCUCGGUUCCGCCAUUCCUCCUAACGGCAUUGCUUCUUUGUCAAAGCUCAAGAAAGUUUUUUGUUUGGCCAAGAAACUUUUGAAAACUUGCAAUGAGGGUAGCAAGAUUUACCUGGCGUUGGAGAGUGAGGCUAUGAUGGUCAAAUUUCACGCUGUUCACGAAAAAUUAUGCCAGGCUCUGGAUGAGUUACCUUUCGAUGAAAUUGAAGUUUCUGUGGAAGUGAGGGAGCAGGUUGAGCUAAUGGUGACACAAUUGAGGCGAGGUAAAAGGCGAAAAGACACACAGGAUAUGGAACUUGCAGUAGAUUUAAUGGCGGUAUCCUCAAAAACCGAUGAAAGGAACGCUGAUAUUGCCAUAAUAGAAAGGCUAGCCAAGAAACUAGAUUUGAAUACCGUUGAGAACUUGAAGAAAGAAACUAUAGCUAUAAGCAAUGUCGCUAAAGAAAGAGGCCAAACUUCAGAAUGUAUAGAGCAAAUUGUAGAGAUACUCAACAAAUUCAAGCAGGUUUUCGGCAUGGAAGUAAUUGAUGUUUUUGAGGAUCCUGUCAAGCCUAAACUGUUGCUGAAGCCUGGGUCUUUAGUGAUUCCUCACGAAUUCCUUUGUCCGAUCACGCUCGAAGUAAUGAGAGAUCCGGUUAUCAUCGCAAGUGGACAGACAUUUGAAAGAGAAAGCAUACAAAAGUGGUUUGAUUCCAACCAUCGGACCUGCCCGAAGACGAGGGAGAGGUUAGGUCACUUGUCGUUAGCGCCGAAUCAUGCUCUCAAGAACCUUAUCACUCAAUGGCGAGAGACGAACAAUUAUAAGAGCCCCAAUACAGAGGGUCUUGCAUCCCCGCAAGGCUCGUCUAUUAAGCAGGAAGAGAUCUCAUCUCUGGUUGAGGAACUAUCUUCAUGUCAAUUGAAAGUGCAGAGAAGGGCAGCAAAGGAUAUUCGAAUGCUUUCCAAGGAGAACGCCGAGAGCCGAAUUUUGUUUGCUGAAAAUGGAGCAAUCCCAGCAUUGGUGCAGUUGUUGACGUAUCCGGAUUCCAAGAUUCAAGAGCAUGCCGUGACAGCCCUAUUGAAUUUAUCUAUUAAUGACACUAACAAGAAGCUCAUAGCUAAUGAACAAGCAAUACCAACAAUAAUAGAUGUGUUGCGAAAUGGACGUAUGGAGUCGAGAGAGAAUUCAGCAGCAGCUUUAUUUAGUUUAUCGAUGCUGGAUGAGAACAAAGUAACAAUCGCACUCUCAGACGGUAUUCCCGCACUGGUAGAAUUGUUGGAGCAGGGGACAGUUAGAGGCAAAAAAGAUGCAGUCACAGCACUGUUCAACCUAUGUCUGAACCAAGCCAAUAAAGCAAGAGCUAUUGAUGCAGGCAUUGUACCACCUUUACUGCUCUUACUCAAGGACAAGAAACUGAACAUGGUUGAUGAGGCCCUUUCCAUGUUCUUACUACUUGUAACUCAUCCACAAGGUAGAUAUGAGAUUGGGCAGCUUUCAUUCAUUGGAACCCUGGUUGAUAUCAUCAAAAAGGGAACCCCGAAGAACAAGGAGUGUGCAGCCUCGGUUCUUCUGGAGUUGAGUUCCAAUAAUUCAUCUCACAUUCUUGCAGCCCUUCAGUUUGGUGUUUAUGAGCAUUUAGUUGACAUCUCCGAAACCGGAACAAAUAGAGCACAAAGGAAAGCUAGAGGACUUUUACAGGUUAUGAAAACAAGUGACCAACUUCCAUGAUUCUUCUUCUAAAACUUCACUCUUUUGCUUGUACCCUAUCCGCAUGCAUAUUGAUCUUCACUUCACUCAGUCUUGGCAUAGAUUAAAUAUACUAAUUACGAUGUCUUUGAUCGAA